AUGCAGUCUUUGGCGCGGACAGUCUGUCGAGCCGGAACCCGUGCCACGCCUCUGAAGCUCCUGGAUUGCGCAGCUCCUAGAGUUGAACAGUCGUUCGCGGAACCCCUGAGGCCUUGCAACUGGAUUCGUCAAAUUGUGAGUCCAAUCAUUCCACACGACGGUGUUCAGGCAUAUGGUUUCUGCACGAGGGCUUUGGCGGUGAGGGGGUUCUCGACAGUGGGAGCUGCCGAGGUUUCUGUUGAGGAUGAAGAUUCCAGCUCUCCCAUGGUUGAGCACCCGCCGCGGAUUAAGUUCAAGAGGCCCGACAAGACGGCCAGGCACAUUAUGAAUAUCUUAAACAAAGAGGCAGUCGACAAAGUUCGUACAGAGAGGACCAUUCCUGAUGUACAGCCUGGAUGUAUUGUUCAAAUGAGAGUGCAAGUUCCUGAGAACAAGCGACGUGAGUCUACAUUGAAAGGCAUCGUCAUAGCAAGGCGCAAUGCUGGGAUCGCUACGACUUUCAGAUUGCGUAGAUUAGUAGCUGGGGUUGGAGUUGAGUCUGUCUUUCCACUGUACUCGCCAAACAUCAAAGAAAUCAAGAUCUUAGACAGGAAGAAAGUCAGGAGAGCAAAGCUGUAUUACCUGAGGGACAGAAUGAAUGCACUCAAGAAAUGA